AUGACAAACCAAGUUGUCCAGACCCUGAACGGGAUUAGCGCCGAUUCUUUCGAAAACGAUGGCCAGCGUAUGGAGGCUGUGGCGGCAGCCUAUGCUCUCGUGGCCCGCCUCGAAACGCCGUGGGACUUCGUGUUGAGGCUUGCUAUGGGCCAACCAGCUCUCGGGGCCGCCCUGAAAAUUGCGCUGGAUGUACAGUUGUAUCAAAAAUGGCACGAGGCGGGCGAUGGUCCAAAAACUCUUGAAGAGCUGCACGAGCUUGUCCCCCAGGUUGAGCCGAAACUCCUCCUCCGUCUGCUUCGGCAUCUAGCAGCAUACCAUGUCUUGGAGGAGCCGUCUUACAGCGUUUUCAAACCCACGGCGCUAUCCAUCUCUUUCAACAAGCCUGUAUUCUCCGAGUGGAUAAACCAUCAAUACGAUGCCACAAUUCCGUGUUUCUUCAAGCUACCACGCUACCUAGCUCAGACGGGAUAUCAGAAUCCGGUAGACCCUAGCGACGGAAUCUUCCAGUACGCCAAAGACUGCAGGGGCAAGGACAUGUUCCAUUACUACCAGGAGAACCGUGUCGAGGGCGAAUCCUUCAACCAGGUCAUGGGCGGUGUCAUGGCGAACCAGUCAGGAUGGCUGGAAAUAUUCCCUCAUGACACGUUAAUCUCCAGCGCCAAGCCAAAUGCACCACUUCUGGUCGACAUCGGCGGGAAUAUAGGCCAUGACUUGGAUAGAUUUUACCAAGCCCACCCGGAGACCGCCUCGCGUCUGUAUUUGGAGGACCUUGCUGAGGUUGUCUCGCUCUCUAAGUGUCCGGCUCCGGUCAACAAAAUCGGCUACGAUUUCUUUACGCCACAGCCGAUAAAGGGCGCACGGGCUUACUACAUGCACGGAGUCCUUCACGACUGGUCCGACGAGCCGGCACGGAAAAUCCUGGAGAUGCAGCGGGAUGCCCUGACGCCCGGAUAUAGCACGUUGUUGAUCCACGAUCAUAUCGCCCCGGACACUGUCGCCCACCCGCACACUACCGCCUACGACCUGACCAUGAUGGUGAUGGUGGCUGGGGAAGAGCGGGGUGAGGUGCAUUGGCGUGAGCUCCUCAAAUCAGCAGGGUACCGUAUAGUCAAGAUCUGGUCUUCGCCGCUUGCUGUGCAGAAGAUUAUCGAGGCGGAGCUGGACGCGUAA